AUGAUAUUAGCUUUGGACCCCGGAGAUUUGAAUCUUUAUAUGGUGGAAGAUCUUGGUCGCGAAUGCUGCUCAUCGCCAUCGGACGACGAAACAGACGACGCAGACGACGUUUCCUCUCGCGAUUCCGAAACCUGCACCUCUUCUUCCUCCCCCUCGGCGCAUGGUUCUACUUCCGCAGCUCUCCACCUUCAGUCCUACCAAUCCCCCACCCCUACUCUGGAACCGAGUCACACACGACCCCCCACCUGUUCACGCAAACCCUACCCUCUCUCCCGCAACAUCUCAUUGGAAGACGAUACCCCAAUUACCAUGCCACUACCAAGCAGAAGAAUCUACCUCAUCUACCACAUUGCCAGAUUGUUAUUACAACAAGGCAUCGACGGAUUCUUUGUGCCUGAUGGGACGAUGGUGGAUAGUAAGGCAGAGGGCCAGAGGCGGCUCAUUGACAUAAACUCCGUCCUUAGGGGGAUGGUGUACGAUCUCGCAAAGUGCUUGGAGCAGCUUUUGGAGCCCGGGUUUUACAUCCGUACUUGGGCAUGCCUAGAUAAGCAACACUUUGACAGCAUCGCAUCCGAUUUCUGGGGACUCAGUAUGGUCAAGAAAUAUGCUGGGAAACAGGUGAAGAUUGGGAAGAGGUUCGUGGCGCGGGAGAAGGAGCAGGCGACAAAAGCUCCUGUCCGGAUCAAGCAAAUAUACACGAAUGUCUUUGCGUAA